CGGCUCAGGGAGGGCUUCUCCGCACAGUACCCCAACCCACCCACGCCUGAGUCAGGAAAGGUGAGCGGGGCGGAUAGAGGAGGUGAAACUGGGCUGAAGGUUCGCACCAGCACUGGAUGUGACAGCGGGCAGACGACCGCUGCCUCGCAGCUUGCGCAGUGCUGAGCCCCGCGUCUACCACUGACCCGACCAUGGAGGGCUGCUAUUGGACAACUGCUGGCACCCUACUUCUGGCUUCCCUCGUCCUGAGCUACAGAACAGCUCGUUCAGAGGAAGACCAAGACUCACUGUGGGAUGCUUGGGGCUCUUGGAGCGAAUGUUCACGCACUUGUGGAGGAGGUGCUUCAUAUUCACUGAGGCGCUGCCUGGGCAGCAAGACCUGUGAAGGGCGAAACAUCCGGUACAGGACGUGCAGCAAUGUGGACUGCCCACCAGAAGCAGGUGAUUUUCGUGCCCAGCAGUGUUCUGCUCACAACGAUGUCAAGUAUCAGGGACAGUAUUAUGAGUGGCUUCCUGUCUCCAAUGACCCUGACAACCCAUGUUCCCUGAAGUGUCAGGCCAGAGGAGCAACUUUGGUUGUGGAGCUGGCACCAAAGGUUCUGGAUGGCACCCGGUGCUACACAGAAUCCCUGGACAUGUGCAUCAGUGGCUUGUGUCAAAUCGUUGGCUGUGAUCGCCAGCUGGGAAGCACUGUCAAGGAAGAUAACUGUGGGGUCUGCAAUGGCGAUGGGUCUACCUGCCGGCUGGUUCGAGGCCAGUAUAAGUCCCAGCUCUCAGCAAAUAAACUUGACGAUACAGUGGUUGCUAUUCCCUAUGGAAGCAGGCAAGUUCGUCUGGUGCUGAAAGGACCUGAUCAUUUAUAUUUGGAAACCAAGACUCUCCAAGGUGUGAAGAGUGAAAAUGGCCUCAGCUCCACAGGGUCUUUCCUCAUGGACAAUUCUAGCAUCGACUUUCAGAAGUUUCCUGACAAGGAGAUAUUAAGAAUAUCUGGACCUCUCACUGCAGACUUUACUAUCAAGAUCCGCUAUGCUGGUGCUGCUGAGAGUUCAAUUCAGUUUAUCUUCUAUCAGCCUAUCAUUCACCAAUGGAAGGAAACUGAUUUUUUUCCUUGUUCAGCUUCCUGUGGAGGAGGUUAUCAACUGACAUCUGCAGAGUGUUUUGAUCUGAGAAGCAACCGAGUAGUAGCAGAUCAAUACUGUCACUAUUAUCCUGAAAAUAUCAAGCCAAAACCAAAACUUCAAGAGUGUAAUCUGGAUCCUUGUCCUGCAAGUGAUGGAUACAAGCAGAUCAUGCCCUAUGACCUCUAUCAUCCUCUUCCUCGAUGGGAAAGCACACCCUGGACUGCCUGUUCCUCAUCCUGUGGAGGAGGCAUUCAAAGCCGCAGCAUCUCAUGUGUGGAAGAAGACAUUCAAGGGCAUAUCAGCCCUGUGGAAGAAUGGAAAUGCAUGUAUACUCCAAAGAUGCCUAUUGUCCAACCUUGCAAUAUAUUUGACUGCCCGAAAUGGCUUGCUCAGGAGUGGUCUCCGUGCACUGUGACUUGUGGACAAGGACUCAGAUACCGUGUAGUCCUUUGCAUUGAUCACAGGGGAAUGCAUACAGGAGGCUGUAGUCCUAAAACAAAGCCACACAUAAAAGAAGAAUGUGUCGUACCCACUCCUUGCUACAAACCCAAAGAGAAACUUCCUGUGGAAGCAAAGUUGCCAUGGUAUAAGCAGGCUCAGGAGCUGGAGGAAGGAGCAGUGGUGUCUGAAGAACCAUCAUUUAUUCCUGAGGCUUGGUCCACCUGUAGUGUCACCUGUGGAGUGGGCAGCCAGAUGCGACUUGUAAAAUGUCAAGUGCUCCUCUCUUUCUCUCAGUCUGUGGCUGACUUGCCCAUCGAUGAAUGUGAAGGUCCCAAACCAAUAUCUCAGAGAGCCUGUUAUAGUGGUCCCUGCAGUGGGGAGGCAACUGAAUAUAUGCCAGAUGAAACUGAGUUGCUGUAUGGUGGCUUGCAGGAGUUUGAUGAGCUCUAUGACUGGGAAUAUGAGGGCUUUACUGAGUGUUCGGAGUCAUGUGGAGGAGGUGUCCAGGAGGCUGUGGUGACCUGCCUGAACAAACAAACCAGGGAAGCUGUAGAUGAGAUGUUGUGUGUAACCAGCCGCCGUCCUCCACAGCUGCUGAAAGCCUGUAGCCUGGACCCCUGCCCGCCACGAUGGGAGAUUGGGAAAUGGAGCACCUGCAGUCUUACUUGUGGGGUUGGAUUGCAGACACGAGAUGUUUUCUGUUCUCAUCUGUUAUCAAGAGAGACUAACGAGACUGUGAUACUAGCAGAUGAAUUGUGCUAUAAGCCUAAGCCAUCCCUCGUACAAGCCUGUAAUCGCUGUGACUGCCCACCUUCCUGGUAUUCUACAGAUUGGCAAGAGUGUUCACAGACAUGUGGCGGUGGUGUCCAGAAGCGAGAUACACUUUGUAAGCAGCGCCUGGCAGACGGAAGUUUGUUAGAACUGCCAGAAACCUUCUGCCCCACACCAAGGCCAGUUACUCAACAAGCCUGCAAAAAUGACGAUUGUCCCAAUGAGUGGCUUCUCUCUGACUGGACACAGUGUUCAGUGAGCUGCGGAGAGGGCACCCAGAGUCGAAAUGCCAUUUGCAGAAGGAUACUGAAAACUGGAGGAUUUCUCAUCAUCAAUUCCUCACUGUGCCCACCUUUGCCAUUCUCGUCCUUGAUCAGGUCCUGUGCACUAGGCACCUGUGCAAGGCAUAACAGGCCUGCUCACAAGCAAAGACCUCAUAUCAUGGCUGUAAAGAAAGUUUACAUCCAGACAAGGAAGGAGAAGAGGCUGCAUUUUAUUGUGGGUGGUUAUGCCUACCUGCUGCCAAAAACCUCUGUUAUUCUGCGAUGCCCCACAAGAAGGUUCCGGAAGUCAAUGAUCACUUGGAAAAAGGAUAACAAGAGGCUGGUCAGCUCAGCUCAGAUCACGAUUGCACCCUAUGGGUAUAUGAAAAUCCAUCGUUUGAAGCCUUCAGACACCGGGACAUACAUUUGCACAGCAGGGCCAGCACAGGAGCAUUUUGUAAUUAAACUAAUUGGAAAUAACAAGAAGAUAAUUGCUGGGCAGCCAACUGGUUUUAGGGAGGAAGAGGCCAUAAAAAAGGCCAACUUAAAUGAAGCCUUGAGAACAGAGGAGAAACACGUCAAUGGGAUUCUCUUCAAUGAAACCAAGAAUGAAAAGCAAGGGCACCUUGCUGACCCCAGCAGAUGGUAUGAUGAUAUUGUCUUGAGGCUGCUACAGCACAGAGGCUGGCCAGGGGAAAAUCUGGAGCCCUGGGAAGCCCAAGAGUCCACUGAGAGAAACACAUCCUCAGAGGAGGACCAAAGCCGGGAGUACAGCCUGCCAUUAACAAUAGUCACAGAGCAGAAACGUCUAGAUGAUAUCAUAAGGAAUUUGUCUCAACAGCCUGAGGAGCUUAAAGAUGUCUAUGCUGAGCAGCUUGUUGUGCAGCUGUCUCGUGAGGUUUUCAAAAGCCACUUGGAGCACCAGGAAUCUGUCCUCAAAGCAUCAUGGCAAAGAGUAGAUCUGGCCUCGGUGGAGUACCCUCUCCGCAGACGUGUUUCUGGAUUUACCAGCUCCUUGAGGACAUCAUCUGCUGAAACACUUCUUCCCACGUCUGUAGACUUAGUAAAUGGCUUGCAUAGGCCUCAUCAAAAGCCUGCCAUCCUCCGAAAAAUUUCAGCAGCACAACAGCUUUCUGCUUCAGAGGUUGUUACCCACCUGGGACAGACGGUGGUCCUAGCCAGUGGCACAUUGAGUGUGCUGCUUCACUGUGAAGCAGUGGGAAAUCCAAAACCCACCAUCAGCUGGGCUAAGAAUGGAGAGGAGGUGAAAUACAAUGAUAGGAUGCUACUUCAGCCUGAUGACUCUUUGCAGAUUCUAGCACCUGUGGAAGCUGAUGUGGGUUUCUAUGCUUGCAACGCAUCCAAUGCCCUGGGAUCUGACUCUGUCUCCAUCGCUAUCACUCUAGCAGGCAAACCACUGAUAAAGGCAUCAAGAGCUACUGUGAUCAACACUGAAUUACCCGCUGUCACUGUUGAUAUUGGAAGCACAGUGAAAACAAUCCAGGGAGCAAAUAUUACUAUCAGCUGCCAAGUUGCAGGUGUUCCUGAAGCAGAAGUUACUUGGUUUAAGAAUAAGGUCAAACUGUCCUCUGGUCACCACCUGCGUGAUGGGUUGCUGCUAAUUGCAAAUGUUUCUCUGUCAGAUCAGGGGUUGUACUCCUGCAAGGCAGCUAAUCUUCAUGGGGAGAUAACUGAAAGCUCCCAACUGUUGGUUCUUGAGCCACCACGAUCUCUUCCUUACCUGGAAGACUUGAUGGCAGUGCUUUCUAGUGCUGGGACCAGCACUCGUUCAGUGUUGACCUCUCCUGCAGGAACAAAGAUGACCAUCAGUCCAGGGAGUUCUGCUCUCAUAGGCUGUGCUGUGGAUGGUUAUCCGACCCCAAACAUCACCUGGCUUUACUCUGGUCAGCCUCUCAGUCUACAGCAUCGCCUCCUGGCAGCAGGACGGAUUCUUCAGAUACAAAAUGUCAGUGAUGCUCCUGAUGGUGAAUUCAGUUGCCUUGCACAGAAUGAGGCUGGCUCACUCACACAAAAAGCAUCCCUGACUAUACAAGAAUACUGGUGGUCAGGGGACAAGCUGAUGGCUUGUUCAGCUUCUUGUGGCCACAAAGGCGUGCAGCUGCCCCAGCUGAGGUGCUUACUGGAUGGUGACGAAGUCAACAUAUCUCACUGCAAAGAGAAGCCCAAGCCAGCCCUGCAGCCCAUCGCAUGCAACAGGAAAGACUGCCCUUCACGGUGGAUGGUAACGUCAUGGUCCCCAUGCACACAGAGCUGCGGCGGAGGCAUCCAGACACGGAGAGUGACAUGUCAGCGCCUGACGGCAACAGGCAGCUCAGUCCCAAUGUUGAAUGAGGCCUGUGCCCAGGUGUCCAAGCGCCCUGUAGACACACAGAACUGUAACAGGCAGCCCUGCGUUGAGUGGGUGGUCUCCUCCUGGGGUCAGUGUAACGGGCCUUGUGUUGGACCACGACUGGCUGUACAGCACAGACAGGUAUUUUGCCGGACCAAAGAUGGGACUUCCGUGCCAUCUGAUCAGUGCAGUGACUUACCAAGGCCAUUGAGCACCCAGAACUGCUGGACCGAUGUCUGUGGCGUGUACUGGAGGGUCAGCCUGUGGACCAUCUGCACAGCUACCUGCGGAAGCUACGGCUUCCAGUCCCGGCGUGUGGACUGUGUGCACAUCCGCACCAACAAACCCGUGCUGGAGCAGCACUGCUCCUGGAGGCCAAGGCCUACAAACUGGCAGCGCUGCAACAUCACGCCCUGUGAAAACAUGGAGUGCAGAGACACCACAAGGUACUGUGAGAAAGUGAAGCAGCUCAAACUCUGCCAGCUCACCCAGUUCAAGUCACGCUGCUGUGGGACCUGUGGAAAAGCUUGAAGACAAAAGCAAAGAAAAUGGAGGAACAAGGGGAUCACAGCUUUUGCUUCACUGAGGCAAUGACUUUUACAGAAAAUUUAAAUGGAAUGGAAUUCUUUUUUUCAUUUUAUUUAUUUAUUUCCCUUUUUUUAAAAAAAAAAAAAAAAAGAAAAUCUUUCACCAAAUCGUUGCUUUGAGGGGACUGGACAAGCUUUCCCUUCUAUGACUCUGUGAGACAGAAUGCAGCAAAAAAAACCAGUCAUGAGGGUAGACCAUAAAGAGUCAGUGAGGUCCAUGCCACCAGCAAUGGGCCUGAGAGGGGCAAGGCUGCCCCAUAGUCCAUGUAAAUGCCUGGGAAUACACAAGCAAGCAGAUGGGGAAGUGAAUUAAAGUGAAAACCUAGAAUCAGGUGAGACCACCACAGCACAAAACAAAUAAUUAAAUGUCUUAACAGGUCAUGGAGUAUUGGAGAAAAGAAAAAAAAACAACUAGACUAAACAUUGAGAUACAUCUAUCUUAGACUACUUUGAGACUACAAGCAUCUGAGGUUUUGGUCUAUAAAUGUAUUUGUUACAUCCAAGAAUUGACUCCUUUUUUUCUUUCUAAACCCCUUUCUUCACACCAGGCCUUCAAAUUAUUUCAGUGGGAGAUCCUCAUGAUGCUUGAGUGCAUCAUGAUGUGCAGAUGCUGGUGUCUGGGAAAGUCAAACAAUAGUGUGUAGUGUGAGUCUAAAACACACUUGAAAAUGUUCCCAGUUUGUGCUUGUGAGGGAGGACUGAGGAUAGGAGGGUUGCCCUCAGCACAGAGGCGAAGUGAUGAUUACUAUACAGGGAAAGAAUAUAAAGUGUGUUCUGCUAUUGAGAGGCUGCAAUACAAACCUGAAAAUGCUGUCCCAUGGUGAGCACAGGCAGGAAGAAGAUAAAUUGUGGUAACAGGAGCUACUUCACAUAAUAUAUCAUACCCUUGGGGAAAAAAAAAAAAAAAAGAUAUGUAGCAGUUCCAAGUUCAGGUGCUUUCAGACCUAGGGUUUUGGAAAAGAGCUUGAGGAGUGGGUUUUCCUGUCCUGCUAACAUGGAAUUUCUCUCUCCUGGCAGCCAAGUUUUUGGGACAGGUAGUAGAAAAGAGCUGUAUUAUGACUUCUUGUGGGUAUUCCUACUGAAUAGAAACAGAAUGGAUUCAGUGUCAGCUUCAGAAGACUAAUUCCAAUAAUUCUUAGCAAACGUACACCUCCCCAUCUGCCCCCCACAACAAAACAGGCGCUAUUUUUUCUGACCACAGCACCGUUUUUAAGUCCAUGUAUAACACCCUGAAGAGAUUAUGUUAAAAUUAGAGGCAUAAACAUUAAACCCCCAGUAUGACUUUGCAUGCUGUCUGUGAGUCUUUGCCCUUGGCUAGCGGCAGUGCUUAUUCUUUCAGCCAGUGAAGUGCUUUAUCCUUUUUGUUCCUGAGCACUCUCUGCUCUGCUCAGAAUAAGGCCCUAAAAUUAGAGGAAAUAUGCAAAGCAGAGGGGUUGAGAAUGGUAAAACCUUAAAGGAAAGCUAUCUGGAUAUAAGGCUUUGGUUCAAGGCCAUCUUUAAAUUAAAGGCUUGCUUGUGCUCCUCCUGUCACUCCCGGUGGGGUUCAUACCUUGCGGUACAUUAACAAAAAGCCAUGUUACAGCUACUGUGACACAUGGAUUUUUCAGCAAAACUGGGAGUGCACUUUUGAGGUCAGUGCCAGCUUCAUGACAUUAAACUGUCUCAAGCUGGGUUACUUCAAAACACACCUGGCAGUGAAUGCUGUUACCACAUAUGGGUCUUCAAGAAAUAGUGUUGCUAAACAUCAGUGUGACUUUUUAUUUAAAAAGAGAGGAAUGUCUUUCUAUGUAUGUAAAUGUAUAUCUUUUCUGUAUAUUUAUUAGGAUUUCUUGUAUAAAAAGUGCAAUAUUAACAACUGUACAUUAUUUUGUCCAGAUAAAACUAUUUUGGUUCUUUUUUAAUUUCCCCAGAAUUUUGUUCCUCUAAAAUCAACAGCAAUUCUGUAUUUCUUUUCAUUUUAAUAGCACUUGCAUUUGACUGGGGAUCUGCUUCACUGUGCACAGAGUGCUUUAUAAACUAUGAGAUGAGGAAGAGAUGACGUCUUUAACUUGUGAAAUGACAAUUAUGCAUGGAAUGCAGGACAAUUCCUUAGUAACAAUAAUGAUAAUAAUAACAGCAAUGAUGAUGAUGACGAUGUGGUGGGUAUUUCUAGCACAGUAGUUAACAAAAGGCAGCGCAGGGAGGUAUUUUAAUUUCUUAGCAAAACGUAUUCCAAUGAUCACAGGUUAAGCAGUACCUAUGUAACUGUGUACAGGAUAAACACCAAAGAAUAGGACCUUGAGGGGCCACUGUGUUGUGUCUGCACAGUGUGUUUAAUUUCACACAUCUGUCCUCUGAAUUGUAACUUGACAGCAUCUUGGUAAGAUAAGGAUUGCUGUAUAUUUUAUGAAGGGAUGCUUUCCUUCUUUAAAGAAAAUGAGACAACAAACUUGUAUUUAUGUAACUUUUUGUACAAGUAAUGCAGAUUACUUAUUUAA